AUGGAUUAAUCAGAAUAUUCUUAUCUAUAAUGUCCUGCUUAAGCUGCUGCUAUAUAACAUGAAUGUAUUUACUAUUCAAUAAUAUUUAGAAUUAUAUAUUCGAAAAACAGAGAAAGACAAAUAAUAUAGAAAGAUAUUUGGUGGAGAUGUUCAAUAUGAUUAAUUUGAGAUUCAACACAUUAAAUUGUUGGAAGAAGAAAUCUAAAAAAAAGGAAUAAAAUUACCAGAGAAGUAUAAAUAUAUAAGUUUAUUCUAUUAAGUUGGACAUAGACUGACACCUUAAAAAUUAUCUACAAUGGUAAAUUUAAGAUUAAAGAUUGUAUUGAAGUAAAAAUAAUAUAAAUAUUAAAUGUAGAGAUUAAUAGCUCAUAUAACUUGGAGAGCAAAUCCAAAUAUGCAUAACUUGAAUAAAUAAAUGUAAGAGUUUUUAGAGGCUGGAUUUUUAUACACUUUUGGUAGAGAUUAUUAAUUUAGACCUAUAAUUUAUUUAGAAGCAUAUAGAAUAGAUUAGAAAAAAGUAAUAAAAUAUAAUUAUUAUUUAAGUAUCCAAAAGAUUUCAUGAUCUAAACACUUUCAUUUUUUUUAGGAUUCGUUAAGAAACAUAUGAUGAUGCCAGGAAAAGUUGAAAAUUGGAUAUGUGUUAUUGAUACAAAAGAUAUUGGAGUUUUUGGAUUACCUUCUGGAUUAGGUGAUAUAAUUAAAACUAUGGCUCUUAAUUUUGUUGGAUGUUUACAUAAAAUGUAUGUAUUAAAUCCAUCUACAGGAGUGGAUUUAUCAUGGAAAGCUGGUGCUGCAUUUAUGGAUGAUGAAAGUAAAUCUAAAAAUGUCUUUUUAACAAAGAAAACUUUAGAAAAGUUAAAAGAAGCAAUUCCUCAAGAUUAAUUAGAAAAAAAGUAUUUAGGAAAUGUUGAUAAUUUAACUUAAUUUUGGCCUCCUUAAGUAGCUAAAAAAUGAUCUAAUUAUUAAUCAAUAAC